CAUCCAUCAAUUUCCCCACUUUCCAUUUUCAGAAUUCUCCCUCUGAAUUUACCAGUACAUAAAGUUGGAUGAAGAGUUUUCCUUAAAAAAAAAUUCCACUCCCCAAGUCCUUAUCAUCAUCUCUGUUUGUUGCUGCAGGUAAUGAUUGGGGAAUGGAACAUUGAGUUGUCCUUUUGUUUCAUUCCAUCCCAACAAUGCAGCACAAGCUUCAUGAAACAACAAUUCCAAGAGCAGUGAUAAAGUACUACUACCAAAGUUGUCUCUGGAGUGCUCUUUAUUCCAUGAGGUUUGGUAGCAUUCUCAUUAUUGGGAUUGGAGUUUAGGCAAGUUUUGAGGCUCAAAAAUGGGGUCUAUUGGAGGGGAGGAGGCAAUUCAAGAUCCUUCAGGCCAUGAGGAGAGAAUUCAUGUUUCGGUCCGCCUUCGUCCUCUCAAUGAUAAGGAACUUGCAAGAAACGAUGUUUCGGACUGGGAAUGCAUCAAUGACAAUACCAUCCUAUACAGGAGCGAUUUUUCAGCUUCUGAAAGGUCCCUUUAUCCAACAGCAUACUCAUUUGACAAAGUUUUUGGGUCAGAUUGCUCCACUAGGCAGGUGUAUGAAGAAGCAGCAAAGGAAGUUGCUCUUUCUGUUGUCAGCGGCAUCAACUCAAGCAUUUUUGCAUAUGGACAAACAAGCAGCGGAAAGACAUUCACCAUGAGUGGUGUAACUGAAUGCACUGCAGCAGACAUUUUUAACUACAUAGAAAAGCACGUGGAAAGAGAAUUCACUUUGAAGUUUUCAGCAAUUGAGAUUUAUAAUGAAUCUGUUAGAGACCUCCUUAGUCCUGAUUUUACUCCUCUCAGACUUCUUGAUGAUCCAGAGAAAGGGACAGUUGUUGAGAAACUGACAGAGGAAACUAUAAUUGACUGGAACCAUUUUGCAGAACUAGUAUCUUUCUGUGAAGCUCAGAGGCAGAUAGGGGAGACAUCAUUGAAUGAAGCAAGCUCCAGAUCUCAUCAGAUUCUCAGACUGACAAUUGAAAGUUCUGCACGUGAAUUCCUUGGAAAUGACAAGUCUAGCUCUCUUUCAGCUUCAGUGAAUUUUGUUGAUCUUGCCGGAAGUGAGCGAGCAUCCCAAGCCAAUUCAGCUGGUACAAGAUUGAAAGAGGGUUGUCAUAUAAAUCGAAGUUUACUAACUCUUGGAACUGUUAUCCGCAAACUCAGCAAGGGAAGAAAUGGACAUGUUCCUUUCAGAGAUUCAAAGCUAACCCGCAUAUUGCAGUCGUCAUUAGGAGGCAAUGCUAGGACUGCAAUCAUCUGCACCAUGAGCCCUGCACGGAGCCAUGUUGAGCAAUCCAGAAACACCCUCUUAUUUGCAAGCUGUGCUAAAGAAGUGGCAACUAAUGCACAAGUGAAUGUUGUGAUGUCUGAUAAAGCACUAGUCAAGCAAUUGCAGAAAGAGUUGGCUAGAAUGGAAAGUGAAUUGAGAAUUUUAGGGUCUGCCCACCCUAACUCUGAUUCUGCAGCAUUGUUGAGAGAAAAGGACCUCCAAAUUGAGAUGUUAAAGAACGAGGUAAAAGAGGUGACCUUGCAGCGGGAUCUUGCACAAUCUCAAAUUAAAGACAUGCUCCAAGUAGCAGGAGAUAAUAUGUCUUCAAUAGAAUUGGCAAAUCUUCAGGAAACUUUGGAUCAUCAAUAUCCCAAAUUACGCGUAAGAAACACAUGGGACAUUGAAAAUCGGAAAGAGGAACCGAAUGUGUUGAUUCUUGACUGUGAGGAGAGUGUUAGGUCUUUUGAUGCAUCUCAAUAUUCAGAAGGACAUAGUUUUAGUUCUGAUGAGAACUUGUUCCAACUCACUGACCUUGACAAGAAUCUUGAGAGCAGAAGUUCUUCCCCAGGGCUGCCGGUUACAAGCGUCGAUGUGCAGAGCAAUAUGUAUCAGAAGAACAUUGAAGAUCAGAAUGAAGUAGACAGUUGUAAAGAAGUUAGGUGUAUUGAGUUAGAAGACCCGAUUACAAACACAUAUACACACUCAAACCCGGAAGCUUUAAGAUCAAGUACAUACACUGAUUCUAAUGCAACAUCUCCUUGUGAAAAUACAGCUGCAUCAGGAUUGAUUGCAGUUGAUAAUGGUGACAAAAGAUUGAACCAUAAGCGCCAAGAGAUAGUUCUUCCCUCUCCAGAAAAAAAUUCCUCUUUGCUGACAAGAAGUAGUUCUAUAUCCUUGAGGCUGAGCCGAAGCAGUAGUUGUAAAGCAAGUCUCUUGGGGAAUUCAUCUUCAGAUUGGUUUGAGGAGGAUGACGCAAUUCAGAACACACCACCCACAGGGAAUGAAAAAGACUUUGUUCGGAGACCUGAGGGCUUUCAGUGGAAGGUUUAUAGACUAAGUUAUGAUGAAAAUGCAGAGAGGCCUACACGAAACGGCCAUGGGAGUUCUGCUGAACGUUCUCCAGUCGAUGUCCAGAAUGUAAAAUCCUCCACCGACAAGGAAAGUGAGAGUAAUGGUUCAUUAACUCCACAAGGAAAGGAGACAGAAAAUCUCAAGAGUUUGAAUUUACUUGCUGACCAUGAGGUUCCGGGGACAGGACUGGAUCCCUCCAUGUCUGCAAAGAAUUUCAAAGAUGUUGGCUUGGACCCAAUGCAAGCUGACAAUUCAGACUGGCCUUCAAAAUUUAAGGAUCUGCAAAAAGAGAUUGUUGAACUCUGGGAUGCUUGCAAUGUUUCCUUGGUUCACAGGACUUACUUUUUCCUUCUAUUCAAAGGGGAUCCAUCAGAUUCUAUUUAUAUGGAGGUAGAGCUGAGAAGGCUAUCAUAUCUUAACCAAACUUUCUCACAAGGCAAUAAGACCGUGGAAGAUGGACGAACCCUGACCCCUGAGUCAAGCAUGAGAUCUCUUAAAAGAGAGAGGCAGAUGUUGAGCAAGCAAAUGCAGAAGAAGCUAUCUAAAUCUGAAAGAAUGAAUCUAUAUUUGAGAUGGGGUCUUCGUUUGAGCACGAAGCACAGGAGUUUGCAGCUGGCUCAUCGUCUGUGGUCCGACACAAAGGACAUGGAGCACAUUAGAGAUAGUGCAGCCCUUGUUGCAAAGCUGGUUGGUUCGGUAGAGCCAGAGCAAGCUUUUAAGGAGAUGUUUGGACUCAACUUUGCCCCGCGGCCUUCAAGUAGGAAAUCUUUUGGUUGGACAGCCAGUGUGAGGCAUCUUUUGUGAGUUUGGAUUACUUAUUAGGUAGUUUGUAAAAAAUUCCCGGCUCUAUGUAUAACAUAGUCAAUUCUUUUUCCCCAAAUCAUUGAAACACAUUGAUUUCUGUUGUAUGUUUCUGACUCUGAUUGCUGUUGGAUGUAAAGGUUGUGCUAUUUAAGGUUAUAGAUUUGUUCA